UAUAAGUCACACUGCCGGUAGCUGCAGUACUUAUUCGAGCCCACGCUUCUUUAGAAAAUACAGCUCCGGCUUCUAUCAUUCUUUUAUUCUAGUCUUAUAAUAAAUAUUAUUUAUUCUAUUCUUCAUUGAUCUUAUGUUUUAAGGUUUCCGGAUUGAUUUAAUAAUUGAAUAAUCGUGUGAAUUGACAUUAUAUUUUAAAUAAGAGGAAGUGGUUUAAAACCCGCGCAUCAGAACAAAACCACGCAAAGGGAUUUUCUUUUCUUCUUUAUUUUUAAUUUUUUUAUUCUAAACCCGCUUUCGAAGAAUGAACAUUACUCCAGGUAAAGCAGAGAUGAGCCGAUUUAACAUCUCUCCAGAUGAAGACAGCACCUCCAGUACCAACAGCAUCGAGUACUCAAACCCCGCCAAGAAAAUACCCCUGAGCAGCCAAUACGGCGACGUGGACGCUGAGAGCCAGAACUUUCUCCCAAGUUUCACAGAAGGAAAGAAGAAAUAUGAAGUUGAAUAUCACCCAGGCACAGCCUCGUUCGGGAUGUCCGUGUUCAACCUGGGCAAUGCCAUCAUGGGCAGCGGGAUCCUCGGCUUGUCCUACGCCAUGGCCAACACAGGCAUCGCCCUGUUUGUCAUCCUGCUGGUAGCCGUGUCCAUAUUCUCCCUUUACUCUGUACAUCUGCUGCUCAAGACUGCUAAUGAAGGAGGUUCUAUGGUCUACGAGCAGCUGGGCUACAAGGCUUUCGGCUUGCCGGGGACUGCUGCGUCCUGCUCCAUCACCAUGCAGAACUUUGGAGCCAUGUCCAGUUACCUGUACAUCGUGAAGUACGAAUUACCGAUCGUCAUCAAAGCGUUUAACGGAGAUCAAGAGGUAUGGUACACUAACGGAGACUACCUGGUGUUGAUCGUUACGUUCGCCAUCAUUUUGCCACUUUCGCUGCUUAAAAAUCUGGGUUACCUUGGCUACACAAGCGGCUUCUCGCUGUUGUGCAUGGUCUUCUUCCUGAUCGUGGUGAUCUACAAGAAGUUCCAUAUCCCGUGUCCCCUGACCAACGACCUCAUCAACAUGACCCUAAACAGCACGAUCGCACAGCUCCAGCACAACAACACAGCCACUGUUUACAACGAGGAUUCCUGCACGCCCAAAUACUUCGUCUUCAACUCUCAGACGGUGUACGCCGUGCCCAUUCUGACCUUCGCGUUCGUGUGCCAUCCGGCCAUUCUGCCCAUGUAUGAGGAGCUCAAAGAUCGUUCUCGGAGAAAGAUGCAGGGCGUGGCUAAUGUGUCCUUCCUCGCUAUGUUCAUCAUGUACCUCCUCGCUGCUCUCUUCGGCUACUUGACCUUCCACGAUAUGGUCGAGCCUGAGCUGUUACACACCUACUCCAGGGUGUACAAAUUCGACGUGGUGUUGCUGAUUGUGCGUCUAGCCGUGCUGACCGCCGUCACACUGACCGUCCCGGUCGUCCUCUUUCCUAUCCGCACCUCGGUGAAUCACCUGUUAGGAGCCUCAAAGGAGUUCAGCUGGAUCCGUCACAUCAUCAUCACCGUGGUCUUGUUGCUCGGGGUCAACGUGCUUGUUAUCUUCGUCCCAACCAUUAGAGAUAUCUUCGGAUUCAUCGGUGCUUCUGCUGCUGCUAUGCUGAUCUUCAUCCUGCCGUCUGCUUUCUACAUCAAGCUGGUGAAGAAGGAGCCUAUCAACUCUGUCCAAAAGAUCGGGGCCAUGCUGUUCCUGGUCAGUGGAUUCAUCGUCAUGUUCGGUUGCAUGAGUCUGAUCUUCCUGGACUGGUUCCACAACACUGGUGCUCCUCAAGGCGAGGGUGAUGGACACUAAAAAGUAGCGUGAGCGACGGGCUGAAUGGACGUGCGUCUCCAGCGGUGCUGUGCUGCAGUCCUGGUCCUGACCUUCACAACAACCCCAAACACAUAUGGUGGAACCCUGCUCUUCUUCCAGCUCAGAGCAAAGAACUUUAUACCAUUCUGAGAGAAUGUGCUGAACUCUGUACAGUAUGCUUUUAGGCCACAAAGAUGGUGCUUUUUCUUAUUUUGUUGCCAGGUUUUACUUUUGGUUUUUUUUUUAUAAUUGGUUCUAUUCCAGUCCUGAUUCCGUUUGACGCGUUCCAUAAACCGUGAACGCAAACGCAAUCGACAGACUGAUCUCAGCGCUCAGUAUUUCACUUCUCAGACGCGCAUCCGAAAGCUUCAUAACGCAACUCGCCUUCCUCACCUAGUAUUCUACUUUUUACCUUUUGCCAAAAAAAAAAAACAUUAACAACAAUUUGCUACUGGAUUGUAUAUUGAAAAGCACUUAGUAAUCAACUAAUACGUGAACAAUUCAGACUACUCCGCUUUGCUCGUGCUAGCUACAGCGUCAUCGAAUGUAUUAUAUUAGUCGACUUGUAAAAAAAAAAAUCGCGUAGAUUUACUAAUGAACAAAGUCCUAACGUUUAGUCUUUCACCGGAGGUUUUGGUAGUCAAACAAAACACUGUCUGGGGGGGCAAAAAAAAAAACAAGGUACUGGACAGGUUUCUCGAGGUACACUAAUUUAAUGUCAUAAAGGUACACUACAGUCACUGUUCCAACAGAAAAUAAGAGCGCAAAUAUCCACCAGUACCUUUUUUUUAAUAUCUAAAUGAAGGAUGAUACACUGAAAAUGUAUUUAUGAGUAUAUUUUACAGCAAUAACCUCGUUGCUCUAAAGGCAAGACUGAACUGCUGUCCUCCUUGAAAGCACCAAAGUGUUUCUGUGAGAUGUGGUUUAAAGAAAAGAAAAAAAAACUACUGCUGAAUCUCACGUUACCUAACAGACAGUACAUUAACAUUUUUAAUAAACCGAAGCAGAAGAUAA